AAUCAAAAUAAUGUCCUCUUCAAGGGUAGUUUCGUCAAACCAACCAAAACCACCUCUCUAUAUAUCAUCAUCACCAAACAAACAUUCUCAUAAGAAAAUAAAACAAACCCACAAAUUUGACACUUAACUCUUCAAUCUUAUCCCGAACCUUAACACAGACAAAAACACAAACACUUUAAGGGCAUGUUUGCUAAGAAGGUUACUGCCGCUGUAAACCCCUUCGCAAAGAAGCGAUCUCAACACAGCGUCGUUUCAUCAACACCUUCAAAGAAGCUAUGGAGACUCCCACACGUGUUCGCUAAAACGCUCGAGCUUCCUUUUCCUUCAGACGCCGACGUUUCGAUCGAAGAAACGCCACAGUUUUUUCGAUUUGUCGCGUCUUGCUAUAAGACGAACGUCAACGGCGGUGGUGUGCGCGCUCACGCAAUCGAGAUUCUUCCAGGGAUUACUAAAAUUGUGAUCAAGAGAAUUGACGGCGGUGAUGUUACGGUGGUGGGUCAGAAGGAUAGACGGUCUACUUAUGGUGUUGAUUUAUGGCGUUUUCGACUUCCGCCGUGGACUCAGCCGGAGAGAGUAACCGCUGUUUGUACCGGCUGGAAGCUGGUUGUGACUGUGCCGAAGACAAAAGGGAACUAAUUAUAUUUCAAUUAUAUGGAAGGAUGUCAAUAAUAUUAAUGGUUGAUGUUAUUUGUAUAUGUAUAAUUAAUUUAUAUCAUCAAUCAUUUCUUUUGACUUCUCAUUUUAGAAUAUGCAAAUGACGAAUAUGCAAAUCUUAGCUUAACUCUUAAUGCCGUCGACAUUGGAAGUUUCGUGGUAAUUUGAGUUUCAAUCUAGAGGGAAUAUUAAUCUUCUAUUUAUAUGGAGUUUUUUUUUGCUUA